GGACCAGCACGGUGGCAAAACCGAAAGUGUCCAAGCGGAGGACAACUCUAAUGAAACAACCACCGGCCGCCCCCGCGCGGAUGGUGCGCAAGGAGAAGAAAACAAGCAGGCAGGAGAUAGAGAUGAAAUUCAACUGCCCUCAUCCUGCAAGGGCGCAGUUGAAGUUGAAGAAGAACCGCC